AUGAAUCGAUCGGAUCGGCCAUGCACUUUUGAUUCCGCAAAAUGCUCAGUGAAAAUGAAAGCCGCCUUUGUUGAAGGGACAAAUUUGGUGAUGGUGUGGAUCAUCCAGGAUAAAACCUCCGACAAUUGCUACGACGAAACGCAGUGUCCGAAGGUCGAGCCAUCGGAGGUUCCCUUCGGAUUUGAAAAAGUGCCGCCGCUGGAUCCAUCGGAAAAAUGCACGGGUGUUCCACAUCGGAAACCAUCUCGAUCCCGUUCGAUGUGUUAUAACUCGGUGCAUGAGGUGAGAGAAUCUGCUCAAGUAAUCUCGAAAGGUUUUUAUGACGGUAUCGAGUGUGAGCAAAUGUUUGCUUCGGGUAUGGUACUCUUUCACAACAAAGAGCAUGAGAAACUGAACCGAGCACCGACACCGAGUGGGAAACACUCUGCCGCUAUCGAAAAAGUGUGUAUCUCCUGGGAUAUCUGCUGGAAUUCUGCGAAACUCAUGGGAAGUCUUUAA